AUGGUCGAGCGUGGAGAGGUUCUGCUCGGCCAUCAGGGUCGUGCCAACUAUGAGCAUUCUUCUUUGUGGUGUAUUUUCUUGGGUGCAUACUCCGAAAUAGAUCAUGGAAUUGAUCUCUCUUCACGAACUCGAUCAGUUCAGGGUCAAUCUCCUCUUCUGGUGUGGCUAGAAGGUGUUCUUCUCUGUAGAUGCGGCUUGGCUAGACGUCUCCAGGUCGGCUGCUUCAAGGUAGGGAAGAAGGUUCUUCUUGGACUUCAAGGAGAUAGUCUUGGAGGACUAUCCCAAGUAGGUGGUGGUGCUUGA